AGAAUGCGAGCUCUGUGAACGGUUCGAAAAGAGUUAUUGUUACGCACCAAAGGAACUGUUAUGAUUCGCGGCUGUGGAACAAAGUAUUCGAUGUCGCGGAUGAAGUGUACUUGGAACAGCAAACACAUAGACGCAGAGAACACGAAAACAUUGAAACAACGAGCGAUAAGAAAAGUGAGAAAUGUACCGCGAGAAGAUUUAUCGGGGAUGUUUAAUCAACGCCGCGGAGCACAGCUGCCCCAGCUUUUCGUAACGAAUCGUAAUAACGCGCAAUAACGCGAAACUCGCGUGCCGAGCGAGGGAAAAAUAACUUCUCCGGGCUCGAUUACGAUUACAAUCGAGCUACGUGAAAUCCCACGCAUCGCUGAUAAGCGCGAUAUGGUAACCGCCGGUGCCUAGAUAAGAUAUUGCGGACUUUAUCAAAUCUCCCUCGGCGACGGAAAGAAGAGACGAGGCGCGUGUAGCAGUUGCCUCACGAUUGGUACACGAUGUAGUUGCUCUCCGAGGUCUCUCUUCGUCGUCUUCUUCUCCUCUUUUCUUCUCCGCGACGGGUGUGAUCGGAUGCAAUCGCGUCGCGUGCGCACGUAAGAAUCCUGUGAGAUUGUGCCGUCAUCAUGGAUGGAAAAGUGUACACAGAGAAACAGAAGAAUCCCAGGGCGGGCGCCAACGUCCUCAGCGCCUUGACAUUCUCUUGGAUCCUACGCAUUUUCUGGGUGGGUUACCGCAGAGAUCUUGAAGUAACUGAUUUGUACACACCGCUUAAAGAGCAUACAAGUGGUAUUCUUGGUGUUAAAAUAGCGAAGGCCUGGGAGAAAGAAUACGAGGCGUACCAGCGUCGACUGGAGCAGAGCACGAAGAGCGGCUCGCAGAAGAAGGUCAGGCAGCCCAGCCUGACGAGAGUCCUCAUCAGAUGUUUCGGCUUUCACACCAUGCUGUACGGGAUUUUUAUGGCCGUUAUGGAGAUCGUGCUCAGGGUGGCGCAACCGUUAUUGCUCGGCCAGAUGUUGCGCUAUUUCAACACCAUGGAAGUUGACAAGCUCUACGCGUAUCUCUGCGCCGUCGGUGUCAUUAUGUGCUCCGCCCUCAACGUGUUCGUCGUCCACCCCUAUAUGAUGGGCAUCCUGCACAUGGGCAUGAAGGUCCGCGUGGCCUGCUGCUCGCUCAUCUACCGUAAGACGCUGAGGAUGACCAGGACCGCGCUAGGCGAGACGACGAUCGGCCAGGCGGUCAAUCUGUUGUCCAACGACGUCAACAGAUUCGACGUCAGCAUCAUAUUCCUCCACUACUUAUGGCUCGGACCGUUGGAGACCAUCAUCAUCACGUACGUCAUGUACCACCUUAUCGACAUCGGAGUCUCGUCUAUCAUCGGUGUCACUUCUCUGCUUAUGUUCAUCCCUCUACAAGCGUGGUUGGGCAAAAAGUCGUCGGUGCUGAGAUUAAGAACCGCCAUCAGGACCGACGAGAGGGUGCGACUGACGAACGAGAUUAUCAGCGGAAUUCAAGCCAUCAAGAUGUACACCUGGGAGAAUCCCUUCAGCGCGCUCAUAGAAAAAGCAAGAAGGAAGGAAAUAAACGUCAUCCGAUGGGCGUCGUAUAUCAGGGGUGUCACCAUGUCGUUCAUCAUCUUCUCCACGAGGAUGUCACUGUUCAUCACGGUACUGGCUUACGUGCUGUUCGGCAACAAGAUAACAGCCGAGAAGGUGUUUGUCAUAACCGCAUAUUACAACAGUUUACGCACAACUAUGACUGUUUUCUUUCCGCAAGGAAUAACGCAGGUAGCAGAAGCGAUGGUAUCCAUAAAACGGCUGCAGAAGUUCUUGAUGUAUGACGAACUGACACCUCCCGCGAUCGAAGCGAACAAGAACAACGUGGAUAACGCGAAGGAAAAUAACAAGGAAGACGCGAAAGAGAACAAUAAGGAAGACGUAAAGGAGAACACGAAGGAAGAUCCGGCCGAGCGGAAGAAGAGCGACUACACGGUCGUAAACCAGCCGAAUCAUAUCGAGCACAGCCUCUCCAUCGAGAACGGCAGCGCCAAGUGGCUGGAGUAUGAGCGGGAAGACACCCUGAAGAAUAUCAACAUAAAGGUGCGUCCUGGUGAACUGAUCGCCGUCGUCGGUCAGGUCGGCGCGGGCAAGAGCAGUCUGUUGAACGUCAUCCUGAAAGAACUGCGCUUGCAGGAAGGCUCCAUUCAAGUCAACGGCAAGAUUGCCUAUGCUAGUCAAGAACCAUGGCUGUUUGCCGGGUCGGUGAGACAGAACAUUCUUUUCGGACGGAAGAUGGAUCAGGUUCGAUACGACCGCGUGACUAAAGUGUGUCAGUUAAGGAGGGAUUUCAGUCUGCUGCCUUAUGGCGAUAAGACGAUCGUAGGCGAGAGAGGUAUCAGUCUCUCCGGUGGCCAGCGUGCAAGAAUAAACUUGGCGAGAGCCGUUUACGCCGAUGCCGACAUAUUUCUCAUGGAUGAUCCUCUGAGCGCCGUGGACGCCCAUGUGGGCAAGCACAUGUUUGAAGAAUGCAUCGACAAAUAUCUAAAAGGCAAAACUCGGAUUCUCGUGACUCAUCAGUUGCAAUAUCUGCGCAACGUUGGUAGAAUUAUCGUUCUAAAGGACGGUGCCAUUCAGGCUGAAGGCUCCUACGACGAAUUGGGCUCUAUGGGGGUGGAUUUCGGUCGGCUGUUGGAGAAUCAGGAGAAAGCGGACGAGAAAUCCUCUCGACCCCCUUCGGCUCCUGUUAGCCGUAGCAAUUCGCGUACCGCCAGUAUCACGUCGCUGAGCUCCUUCAUGACGAAUGACACUUCGAAACAAGAGCCUGAGGAGGUGGCUGAAAUGCGAACAGUCGGCACUGUUUCCAGCGACGUAUACACAGGUUACCUCAAAGCUGGCGGCAAUUGGUGUGUUAUAUUUAUAGUGGCUAUGCUUUGCUUAGUGACGCAAUUAGCGUCCAGUGGCGGCGACUUCUUUAUCGCGGUAUGGGUUGAGCUAGAGGAACACUAUGUGAAUCAAACAGACGAGGGCGUUGUGGAAGACCCGACGAGUCCCUUUACCCGCAUGGAGUGCAUCUACAUCUACAGCAUACUGACUGCGAUGACGAUCUUCGUCACUCUGAUCCGCUCGUGGACCUUCUUCUGGAUGUGUAUGCGAGCUUCAAUAAACUUGCACGAUCGUAUGUUCCGCAGCAUCAGUCGCGCGACUAUGCGAUUCUUCAACACCAACACGUCGGGACGUGUGCUCAAUCGUUUCUCUAAGGACAUGGGCGCGGUGGACGAGAUGCUACCCACUGCACUUAUCGAUUGUGUUCAGAUAGGUCUGGUGCUGCUGGGUAUCAUCAUCGUGGUCGCCGUCGCGAACGUGUGGCUGCUGAUACCCACGGUGUUCGUCGCCAUUGUCUUUUAUUACCUGAGAAUCGUCUACCUGGCCACCAGUCGUAGCGUCAAGCGUCUCGAAGGCAUCACCCGCUCGCCGGUCUUCGGUCACCUGAGCGCGACUCUUCAAGGACUACCGACGAUCCGCGCGUUUGGUGCGGAAGCGAUCCUCACGAGGGAGUUUGAUAAUCACCAGGAUCUCCAUUCGUCCGCUUGGUACAUCUUCAUCGCGUCCUCGCGCGCCUUCGGCUUCUGGCUGGAUGUCUUCUGCGUGCUCUACAUCAUGCUGGUUACGCUGAGCUUCCUCGUGCUGGACAGUUACGGUCGCGGCUCGAUGGACGGCGGAUACGUAGGCCUGGCGAUCACUCAGAGUAUCGGACUCACCGGCAUGUUCCAGUGGGGUAUGCGCCAAAGCGCCGAGCUGGAGAACCAAAUGACCUCGGUGGAGCGCAUUCUUGAGUACAGCAAAGUAGACAGCGAGCCGCCUCUCGAGAGCGCCCCGGAUAAGAAGCCCAAGGCGGAGUGGCCACAGGAAGGCAAGAUUGAGUUCAAAGACGUGUUCCUGCGCUACGCGCCGUUGGAGCCGCCGGUGCUGAGAAACCUCAACUUCAUCAUCUUCCCGCGCGAGAAAAUCGGCAUCGUCGGCAGGACUGGCGCCGGCAAGUCGUCCCUGAUCCAGGCGCUCUUCCGCCUGGCCGACGUGGACGGCGUGAUCGAGAUCGACAAAGUUGACACGGGCAAAAUCGGCCUGCACGAUCUGCGCUCCAAGAUCAGCAUCAUCCCUCAGGAACCGUUCCUGUUCUCCGGUAGUCUGAGACGAAACCUCGACCCGUUCGACAUGUACAUGGACGAUCCGCUGUGGCAGGCCCUUGAGGAGGUCGAGUUGAAGGAGAUGGGUCUGGAGGCUCACAUCUAUGAGGGCGGCUCCAAUCUCAGUGUCGGUCAGCGUCAACUUGUCUGCCUGGCACGCGCCAUCGUCAGAAACAACCCGAUACUCGUGCUGGAUGAAGCGACGGCAAACGUGGAUCCGCGGACGGACGAGCUGAUUCAGAUGACGAUCAGAAAGAAGUUCGAGAAAUGUACAGUGUUGACAAUCGCUCAUCGACUCAAUACCGUCAUGGACAGCGACCGCGUCCUGGUGAUGGACGCCGGCAACGUGAUGGAAUUCGAUCAUCCCCACGUGCUGCUGCAGAAGGAGACGGGCUAUCUGAAGAGCAUGGUGCACGAGACCGGCAAGGCGAUGGCGGAUGCUCUGACCGCCGUAGCCCGUGACUGCUACCAGAAUCGCGCGUUCACGGCGCUUUGAUGCACCAUCGACGUUUUAUUUCUCGCAAUUGCGUCCGACAGACACCGUGAUAGGUUGCUGCGAAAGUCCCGUCGGUUUUUACAACCGUCUCUCAGACAAAAUCCUACGGAUUCGGGAAGUAAGGGAAAGGUGGAAUUGCGGGGUGAAAUUUCUUUUGAAAAUAUAGAAUUUACACUCGAAUUUAUUCUACUUACCGUCCUCCACGUUCUAUUUGCGUCCUCAAAAGUCUACUCCUUUCUUUCGACGUGUUAUAGUGUUUAAGAUAUUUCAUUCAUCGGCAUGCGUGAAUUUGGGGAAUCAAAAAAGGAAAAUCGAGAAACGAGAAUGUUUUGAGGAUAGAAACAAUUUGGGAUGUCAGGGUUUAGGAUAAAUAAAAUCUAAAAUGAUUCAAGAGUUAAUUAAGAAGUACAAAAAAA